UACAAUACAGUAGAGAAGAUGGACACUUUCUCAACUGGAUUAUCGUUCACUUGUGUAGUCCUGAGAAGAAAAAAAAAUGCCUAGAGGCACUUUCAACAGACGAACGGAACGGUUAGCUCCUGGGCAACAUGGACAACUUCCUGCUAAGUGGAAAUGCCCCAAGAAGACAGACCAGUAAGAACAGGAAACCAAAGAAAGGUAUCACCUGCUCGCGUCCACCGGUGCCUUCUGACAAUAGCAAAUCGAAGAAUUUAGUGACUCCAAAUUCAGAAAGAAAAGGAUUUAAUUGUCAAGCCAAAAGAUUCCAGUAUGUCCAGGACGAAAACCCAGGCCCCGGCUCUUACGACGUCGUUCACCGAUCGCCCGAGUUCAAUAGCGUCUCGCUGUCAAAGAAAGGAACGGGUUCUUUUCCUUCCUUGGGGGCCCGCAUCUCCAUCUACAAAGUCCCCAAAUUUCCUGCUGCCAACGCUUACAGUCUCCCAUCGGGCUUAAUUUCCAAGUGUGACUUCAGCAACGCCUAUUCCAGCAUGUUCCAGCUGCCCUUCUGUGUGAAAGUCCCCAAACUUCCCACUCCGGCUCCCAACCAAUACAACGCCUCUCUGUCCUUCUGCAAGCAACAGAACAACGUCAGUGCCCGGGCCGUGUUUUUGUCCAAGACCCAGAGAGGAUUGAAGGAAGGUACAGAAAGAGCUCCGGCCCCAGGUUCUUAUGAGAUCAAUGAGUCGCUGGUGACGGAGUCGCCCAAGACGCUGAAAUCUUUUUUCCAAUCCAGGACGAGACGGGAAUUCAAGGUGGCUUCCCUCAGCCCGGGGCCAGCAGCCUAUUGCCCCAGCGGCCCUCUUCAGGCCCCGAGAAGGGCCCCUGGCCUCCCGGCUUCUCGUUCCCCAUCCAGGAGGAAGCACAGGCUGAAUUUCUCCGCACCGGCCCUGGCUCUGCCGCCCCAGCCCCCUCUGCCCGGGCCCGGCCAGUACGAGAUCGUGGACUUCUCCGGGCCCCCGAAGCAGGACAUCUCCAGCGCCGUUUUCGUCUCUGGCACCAGGCGCUGGGCAGGGCCUCCGGGCCGGGGCACCAUCCCCGGACCAGCGUAUUACAGCCCCGAGAGGCUGGGAAAGCAGUCCUUCCUUUACAACACCGACAGCAAGUGGAUUCCGGUUCUGUAGCCACGGCCUCCAGGCCCAGCGGAGCCCCAGGACCCCCCCAUCCCUAAACCUGUGGAGACCCUCCACCCCCACCUCUCCUCCCAUCCCGCCCCGCCAAUUCCAGAGGGAGACGUAGACCCAUCCCAUCUGGUGCUCCCACCAGAUCUCCAGGCCUGGCUCUGGGCUCGCCAACCGGAAAACGAUCGGUCUCCCCCAGGUUUUCCUCCCACGGGGAGCAUUCGGGGAGACUCACUGGAUAACUCCGUCAAGGUUUCGUCUCAACGCCCCUCCCUCCACAUGUGCUGAACCCAUUGCCACCUCCCCAACAUCCGGCCCACAGAGGAAAUCGUCACCCGAUCUUUGGGAUCCCCGGGCCUGCCGGAGCCGGGUGGGCCCUCGAGGACCACUCCCCCCGGGCGCCCGGGCCGGGAGGAUCCCACCGUCCCGCGGACCAAGGACGGAGGCCGCUCAGCACCUCGGGCCAGAGAAGAUCGGGAGGUCGGAGACAAACCGGAUCGAGGAAACGUUCGAUUCUCCCGGCCCAGGAGCCCAGACAGACCAAGGUUUCCCCGACCCCUGGGACAUUCCACUAACGGGAUACGGGACCUGGAGCGGACAGAAUUUGAAUCCAGUGGGACCUGAAGCUGGAAGGCCCUAGAGCCAGCGGGGCUCGGAGCCAGAGGGACCUAGAGCUAGCAGAACGCAGAGCCGACGGGAGGACGUUUUCCGUUCCGCAGCCCCCGGCCCCGCACUUCGGCCUCGCCGUCACCCAACGGCAAAGCCGCCCGAGGUCGUCGACGGAUCACCCCGGCGCUAUAACGCAGGCGGUCGGCCCUCCCGCCCCUGCCUCCCUGCCGCUACGGGGGCCCCAACGGGCCGAGACCCACCGGAGCCAGGGGGUGUAGUUCUGGGAAGGGCUUAGUGCAAUUACCAGGUUAACUCCUCGAAAACACAAGUGGGCUCAUACUUUCACAUGACCUCUGACCCGCCCAGACAGACUGCUCCAUCACCCCCGCGACUGACCCUAAUCUUCAAAAGGUGUCGAGGCGCUCCAGGUUAAAAGUCAGAAAUGCUCGGGCGCGCUUGUCGGCCGUGUUUUACACAAUCCUUAACGCACCUUAACGCGGUGAUUUCCGCCGCGGGAAACGAACCCGUUCGAAACCAGCGGGGAACCAGCCCGGUGAAGACCCUCCCCCGGGAGGGAGUUUAUCACAACCGGACGGUCAGAGAAAACAUUCCUCCGUCCCCUCAGCCCACGGCUCCAUGCAGCCCGGGACCGACGCCUUAGGCUCUUCAGGUGAAAACCCUCCCUUCCGGCCUGCCAGAUGGACCCCUCAGAUCUGACCCGACUCCCGCCUUCCUCCUCAGCAUCCUGACACAGAUAUCAGAACUAUUUACCUCAUUAAACCGAAUUUUCUAUGCCGACGAA